GACGGGGCCCCUCUGGCUGGCAGGUGGUGGCGCAGUGCGCGACGGGAAGGCGGCGGGCUAUCCGGUCUUCGGCUGCAGCGGGCACCAUGGUCGGUGGCGAGGCGGCAGCUGCAGUGGAGGAGCUGGUCUCGGGGGUGCGGCAGGCGGCCGACUUCGCGGAGCAGUUCCGCUCCUACUCAGAGAGCGAGAAGCAAUGGAAGGCCCGCAUGGAAUUCAUCUUGCGCCACCUGCCCGACUACCGCGACCCGCCCGACGGCGGUGGCCGCCUGGACCAGCUGCUGUCCCUCUCCAUGGUCUGGGCCAACCAUCUCUUCCUAGGCUGCAGUUACAAUAAAGACCUUUUAGACAAGGUGAUGGAAAUGGCCGAUGGGAUUGAAGUGGAAGACCUGCCACAAUUUACUACCAGAAGUGAGUUAAUGAAAAAGCAUCAAAGCUAAGCCAGAAGAUUUAUCACAUUUUCAUCAUCAGCUACAGGAUUAGACAGGAGGCUGGGAUGAAUGUGACAUAGACCACAGCAGCUCUCUUAAGACUCCUGGUAUUACCAACAUAAAGAGGCAGGUGGAAUGAGAAGGACUCUGUCUAGAUUGGCUUUUUUAACAUUCUCAUUUUUUCCAGUAGUUAUCACUGUAAAAGUAUGCAUGGAUAUUUAUGUAUUUAUAAAUCAUGUACUCUAAGAUGAGUUCAUCAACAUUGUAAAAGCCCUCUUUUCUAUUUUCAGUUUUUUUUUUUUCUUACCAACAAGGUCUCUGUCACCCAGGCGGGAGUACAAAGGUGCAGUAUUGGCUCAUUGCAGCCUUGAACUCCUGGCCUCAUAUUUUCAGGGUUUUUUGUUUUUCGUUUUGUUUUUUUGAGACAGAGUUUUGCUCUGUCACCUAGGCAGGAGUGCAGUGGCGUGGUAUAUUUUCAGUUUUUAAAUGUCAGAAUUUUUGUUUAAAAUGCCUUUUUGGGCUGGGCACAGUGGCUCACACCUGUAAUAAUCCCAGCACUUUGGGAGGCCGAGAUGAGCGGAUCACCUGAGGUUAGGAGUUUGAGACCAGCCUGGCCAACACGGUGAAACCCCGUCUCUACUAAAAAUACAAAAAAAAUUAGCUGGGCGUGGUGGCAGACAUCUGUAAUCCCAGCUACUCAGGAGGCUGAGGCAGAAGAAUCGCUUGAACCUGGGAGGUGGAGGUUGCAGUGAGCCAAGAUCGCACCGUUGCACUCCAUCCUUGGUGACAAAAGUGAAACACUCUCAAAAAAAUAAAAAUGAUAAAAUAAAAUGCCUUUUUGUUGUUGAUGUAAUGGCAGGUAAUGAAUUUUAUAGUUUAGAUUUUUCGACAAUGUACCUUUAAGUGCAAUUCUCUUUUAUGGCCUUUUUCUUCCCCCACCAAGGCAAAUCAUAUCCUUUAAUUCCUAUUUCCACCUGAAAUUUAUACCAUACCUAUACCCAACUACCAUACAUACUCAUCCUUUUUUAAGAAAUGAGAAUCAAAUCAUAGACUUGAAGUACCCACCAGCUCAUGGAAAGAGGCGGCCUACCAAAAAGCAUCUGGCCUUAGUUUAAAACGCAUUGACACAGGAUUCCAGGGCUUUGUCCGGUCAGCAAGUUGAUUUGUAAAUUCUGUCUCCCAGUCUGCUUUUCUGGAGGAAGCCUGAGGCUUGGGUCUUCUAGACUUGAGGAACCACCUUGCACAUAGCCUCUUAAGAAAUGCUUGUUGCAGUCCUGCUUUGCUCUGAAAUUUUGCUGUUAAUGUUCCUCAACUAAGUGUCUGUUCUGUACCCCCUCUCUGCUCCUCUUUCUUGUUUAGUCCGCUCCAUUAAGUAAAUAGGUCUAGGCGUAAAUACUGGGAGAGGGGCUUCAUUUGGGAGGCAGUAGUGUAAGUUUAUCACAGGAGGGGUCGCUCAACAGUGGCAGGCGCUGUGCUUGGUACUAGCGAUAGUGGCAAAUAAGACGUUGGACCCUGCAAUCCGGGCAUGGUGGCUCACGCCUGCAAUCCUAGCACUUUGGGAGGCAAGGUGGUCAGAUCACAAGGUCAGGAGUUUGAGACCAGCCCAGCCAACAUGGUGAAACUCCACCUCUACUAAAAAUACAAAAAUUAGCUGGGUGUGGUGGUGUGUGCCUGUAGUCCCAGCUACCCAGGAAGCUGGGGCAGGAGACUCACUGGAACCCAGGAGGCAGAGGCUGCAGUGAGCCAAGAUUACACCACUGCACUCCAACCUGGGCAGCAGAGCAAGACUCCAUCUUAAAAAAAAAAAAAAAAAAAAAAAGCAUUUUCUUAGUCUGAGUAGGAUGCUAUGAAGAAAAUGCAUUUCCAUUGGUUUCUCAUGAAUUCCAUUUCUUUAUAUGAUAUGAUGCCCUGAUAAAAUAAUAAUAGCCUUUCAGGAAUGCAUGCACUACAUAAAGCAAGUUUAAAUUGUGGAAUGAUUUCCCUUCCAUUGCUUUUAUUUAUUUUUGUUUUUUCAGAGCCGGGGUCUAUCACUCUGUCACCCAGGCUGGAGUGCAGUGGUGCAAUCAUAGCUCACUGCAGCCUCAGACUACUGGCCUCAAGUGAUUCUCUUGCCUCAGCCUCCCAAAGUGCUAAGAAUACAGGCAGGAGCUACUAAACCUGGCCUCCUUUAGUUUGUUUUUGAAGACUUCUCUAGUUAAUCAAAAUCAAGUUUUGUUUCAAUUUUCUAAUAGGUUUUCUCUCAUUGUUUCCUCACUUAAACUGCUUUUCUUCUCGUGUUUUACAAUUUCUGUGGCUAUCUCACAUAUAAAAUUAACCAGUAUUUUAGAAUUUCAUCCUUUAUUUCUGGAAUAGAAAAUGGCAAAGAAAUCUAAAUGUUUGCAUUUCAGCAAUAGUCGUAUAGGUAAAAUGGCCCACUGUCAGCCUUGAAACAGUACCUCAUAUCACAUAGAAGUUCAUAUACAGUGUCUUGCUGAAGACUUGGGGUAAAGAUAGAGUGAGAUCAUAGGAAGGGACAAGUAAUAAAUAGGAGAACUUUUUUUUUUUUUUAAACCAAACUACGCCUAGAAAACUGCUUUCUGAAACAUUCCUUAGUCUGUGGCUCACCUGAUAAUCUACCUUAUCAGGAGGUAAGGAUUCUGUCUGAACUCAGGAUCCAUUUGGAUCGGUGGCCUACCUAUGGGCAAUGAGAGGAAUCAUACUAACUGUCACUGUCCAUCCUCUGAUGCUUUGUAGUCUGUAGUAAAAUACGUACUGUCCCAUCUAAAAUAUGAGAAUUGUGUUACCCUAAAUGUCAGAUAAGUUGGUGUUUCUCAGCUCUCCAGCUCUAAAGAAUCCCUGCUGGGUAUCCCUUUAUAUCUGGAAGGAGACUGUCAGCUUCUGGUAUCUAAGACCUGUGUGCCCUAAAACAUCUAGUUAUGGCUGUCAUUCUUAACUAGUUUAGGGAUAACUUUCUGUAGGAAUAAGAGUAAACACAGAUCUUCAGAGGCAAGCGUUUUAGAACUUAUUGAAGACUUUUGGUCAUAUGGAAACUUCAUUCAACAAAGAGUGCACCCUUAAAAAAAAUCUCUA